CCACUCCCUUCGUCAAUCUCAAGGCGAAUAGCAUGAACAGUUACCUCUACAUCCUUUGUGAAAGAGUUGUCAAAGUUGGGCAAAAGGCUGUCGAUUUUUACAAUUAAGGUCAGACGAAAACAGCUUAGCCGUUUGAUUAGCAUCUUGUGCUUUUUCCAGAUUACUAUUUACACCUCUGACUGUCGCUUUUGGAGGAUACGACGUGUGGAUCGCAGCGGAUUUCAUUGAUUUGGAUUCAAAUGUUUUUUUUCUAGUAAUGGAAAUGCAGUAUGCUCUCAUAUUUAAAUGCAAUUGCAUGGAUGGUGAAGGUCUGUGGCGCCUAUGAGUCAAGAUAGAGCUCAAUUCCCAGCGAUCCAGUGUUUUAUUACUUUAAUGGUAUUGGAAAUCAGAUUUGGCAUGUGCCGAGAAGAACAGCUAAUGGCACACAUUCUCUUGUUACUCCUCAAAGCAUAACCUUGCCCUACUUCCUCCAUCUCCCUUCUUAUCCUUUGUUUCUACGGAUGACAUCAUGGAUCUCUGUGGUUUAAGCGUAACAGUAACAUCGGUGGACGCCAGCACUCUAGAUCUAAAAUCUGCAAGGAACUGUGUCAUUUAGAGAUGAAUGUGAACCCAUUUAGAUGUGUCUGAUUACAUCCACUACUGGAAGCCCCGGUAUUAGGGGAGAACUUUGACUAAACAUGCAGGGGAGGCCCAGGCAGGUCCAGCACCAGCAGCUAGGAUGCCUAUCACCCAAGAAAAUGCCCUGAGCCAUCUCCCCCUGCUGGAGAACUGGCUCUGGGCUCAAGAGAAAGACCAAGAUGAAGGUGAUGGGCCUCAGAAGAGCACAGGCAGUGAGGCUCUUUGCCAGGCUGCUAUACGUAAGCUUGUGGAAUACAUCCAGCUGAACUUUGCUGAAGCUGAGAGCCCUUCGUUCAGUAGCAGCCCAUUCAGAGAAGAAAUUGAUGCUGAAGUGAGGGCAGUCUGCCUUCACAAAUGUGAAGGAGAUGGCACUGAGUUUGGUCUCAGCUUUGGAAAUAUUCCGAUUUUUGGAGACCCCGAAGGGAAGAAGAAAGGGGUCAGGAGGAGGCGCAGGAAGGGCGAUAAAGGCCCUGUAUUGGAUGUUGGGUGUAUUUGGGUGACUGAAGUGAAAAAGAAAAGCCCAGCAGCCUGUUGUGGAGAUAUUAAACUGCGAGAUGAACUGUUGUCACUUAACGGUCAGCUGAUGGUUGGAGUUGAUGUCACAGGAGCCAGUUACUUGGCAGACCAGUGCUGGAAUGGAGGCUGCAUCUACCUGAUCAUGUUGCGAAGAAUCAAACGCAAGGCUUCUCUUCCUCCAUGCAAUGGCAGCAGUGGGGGCAACUGCAUGGACGUCCCCACCGAGCACCGAAACAAUGUCUCCUCUGAGCCUACAGGCAGCCCCACACAGAAUGGCAAGCGAACUCGCAAAUUUGGCGUCAUUUCCCGCUCCUCGUUCACUCGUGACAGCAGGGACAGAAAUAAUAGCCAGGACUUUGAGCAUGAGAAUGGCUAUUGCUCCAUGGAGGCAGAGGUCAUGUCCCCAGAGAGCAGCACCCCUCAGGACACACCAACCGAUGAGAGUCCAGUCCCUGGUUCCUCAGAACUGAUAGCCAGUCACUUGAAGGUGGGGAGCACGGCCACCCUACCUUGCUGUUCCCACUCACGCCUCUCUGAAAGCUACAAAACAGAGUCAAUAAGCAGUGAACCUUCCACUCAGCCCUGUGAGGGCAGCCGAAUCUGGAAAAUGCACAUGGUGAAAGGUCAGGAUGGACUGGGUAUCCAGAUCACUGGUGGACGUGGGUCCAAACGCUCUCCUCACGGCAUCAUCGUAGCCCACGUGGAGGAGGGAGGAGCCACACAGAGAGAUGGACGUCUGAAGGCAGGUGAUGAGUUGCUGAUGAUUAACGGUCACUCGCUUGUCGGCCUCUCACACCAGGAGGCCGUAGCUGUCCUCCGCUCUACUGCUGGACUAGUGCAGCUGGUGGUCGCCAGCAGGGAUGAAUCUGAGGUGGACUUUCACAAGUACCCAUCCACCAGCCUGCCCGACCUAGUGAGCACAUGUUUGGGUCCGGAUGUCUCACCCUCCCCCAGGGAGGAGAAGGAGAACAUGGAGCCAGACGUGGAGGACGUGAGGGCCAGCAGCCUUUCAUUGCCCACCCAGGACUUGUUUACAGAGCUUGAUAAACUGGAGGAAUGUGGCAGGAUUGAGGGUCCCAAGGGAUGUUGCCGUAGCCCCACACCUAUGAAGUUCCGCAGCAGGUCUCAAGGUGGAGGGAGUCGUCUGGAGUCUGUUGGCGAAGACGAUGAACUAGUCGUGGAAAAUGGUGAUACAGGAAGUGACAUGGCAAAAAAGCCUGCACGAGGAGGACGCAAACAUUCUCUUCCUCAGCAACUGGACACAGUCGGCAUCCGACAGGAAUAUCAAAUCGUCAAGAAAUCGUCUCGUUCACUGAGCACCGUUCAAGUGGAGUCUCCAUGGCGACUGGCACAGCCAUCUAUAAUUUCCAACAUUGUUCUGAUGAAAGGACAGGGCAAGGGUCUGGGGUUCAGUAUUGUCGGAGGGCAGGAUUCAGCUCGGGGGAGGAUGGGUAUAUUUGUCAAGACCAUUUUCCCCAAUGGAGCAGCUGCAGCUGACGGGAGGCUCAAAGAAGGUGAUGAGAUAUUGGAGGUGAAUGGAGAAUCUCUCCAAGGCCUCACGCACCAGCAGGCCAUUCAGACCUUCAAGCAACUGAAGAAGGGAGUAGUUACCCUAACUGUGCGGACCCGUCUGAGAAGCCCCAGUCUUACCCCUUGUCCCACUCCUACGCUGCUCAGUAGAUCCAGCUCACCAAACUCAAACGCCAGUGGUGGGACACCAGUCCCUUCUAGCUUUGAAGAUGGGGACUCUCGCAAGGGGCCGGGUCCCAAAGACCGCAUUAUCAUGGAGGUGACAUUAAACAAAGAGCCAGGUGUGGGGCUGGGUAUUGGUGCCUGCUGUCUAACACUAGAGAAUAGCGCUCCUGGAAUCUACAUCCACAGCUUGGCACCAGGAUCUGUUGCAAAAAUGGAUGGCAGACUCAGUCGAGGAGACCAGCUCUUAGAGGUGGAUUCUGUGAGCCUGAGACAUGCAGCCCUGAGUGAAGCAUACGCCAUUCUGAGUGAAUGUGGACCCGGCCCAGUCAGCCUCAUCAUUAGCCGACAUCCUAAACCCAAAGUGUCUGAACAAGAGAUGGAUGAAGUGAUCGCUCGCUCCACACACAGAGAUAGCCAUUCUUCCCAUACACUGGGCCUGCCAUCCAAGAGUCCAUCUCCCACUGUUAAGGUCAAGCAGGGUGGUGAGGGUAACCCAGCUCUUAGCUGGACCAUGAAGAGAUUCCUGGAGCCAGCUAGCAGGCAAGGCUCGCUGAGUUCAGAAGCAGAGCUUUCUCAGUAUUUCUCAGUUCACAAUGUGCCCAGUCAGUCUUCCCUCUCCGAGACCAUGCCAAUGGGAUCCAGUGAUGAUGACAUGCUGCACAGCAGCAGGAGCUGUAAUACUUCCAUGGAGGAAUCAGCUGCACCUCAGCCACAUGAGAUGUACAGGGAAGGUACUUAUAGAGGCUCAGAUAGUAGUCCUACAACCCCAGACUGUUCUAAAGCCACUGCUGGUUUUGGUCGUGCUGGAGACCCUCCCCACCAGGCCAGUGUGGGCAGCAGCCCCAGUUCUGUGCGCAGCCCUCUUCUCCGCCAGCGUCGGGUCAUCUGCUAUGAGGAUGAACCCAGUGACGAUGAAAACGACCUUGAAGGGGAUAGUGGUCCCUUUCAUCGUCUUCUCCGUGGAGUAACGGAGGGAGCCCACGACCACCACCACCACCAGGAGGAAGACUCUGGUAUUGUAAUAGCCACCUCAUCUCUUGAAGUUGAUGACGAAAGCCAGGACAGCAGCGAAAGCCACAGACAAAUCGGCAGCGAGCCUACAACUCCACUCUACGGCAGCUCGCUAGAAUCAGAGGAAGGGCCUAGUGGGCUACCCGGUGUGGAAUCUCCCUUCAUGCCCAUUCGCUGUAUGGAGCACAACUCUGGGGCAGCUGUGGGAAUGAACCUAGGUGUGAAAAAAGAACCCCAUCGGGAAGGGCAGGAGAUCAGACGCUCACCAAAGCUGGAGCACAAAGCCGUGACUCGUGUGAAGAGCAUGAUGAGCAUCGAGUACCCCAACCCUCCUCAAAGGCCCAAGGGUGAGGAGUCACCAUUACUCCCAACAACCCCUGCUCAGGUCAUGCAGAACAACACACAGCCUCCCUGCAGACUGCUACACUGCAAGAAGGCUGAAUCCAGCGAGCUAGCUGGGGUCUGCACUAUUGAAACCAUAGUGCUCCAGCGUAGUCAGAUGGAGUCUUUUGGUCUGGAUCUGGAGAUUAAGUCCUCUCCUCUCAAGGUGCUGAUCACAGGGUUGAGAACAGGAGGUGUUGCAGAGAGGGAUGCCUCCGGGAAGAUGAGUGUAGGCGACGAGAUUGUAACUAUUGGUGAGACCUCUGUGUGUACAUCCACCUAUCAGGAGAUCUGUGACCUCAUGCACAACCUGCCAAUCACAUUGACCUUAGAGAUUAAGAAGCCAGUCUCAGCUGUAAAUCGACUUUCCAGCUUAAUAAUGUCCUCUGGCUGUGAGGGCUCACCUAAAUUAGAGGCACCUAGGCCUCCUUCUGAGGAAAGCAGCAAUAUGAACAAAACUCCAGUUGUGGCUCAGGAGAGCCCUUUAUCUGAAACCAAUGCAAAACAAGCGGUAGCAAUCCACAGCAACAGUGUCACUAAUAUUGAUGAUGUAAUAACUGAACUGAACUCUGCUGAAGACAAAUAUAUGGACCAAAAUGUCUCAGGUUUCACAGACACAAUUGCAAAUACAGGAGAGUGCAGUAAAGCAGAAGACAAAGGGAGUUCAACCACAGCACCAUCACAACCAAAUCCUCUGGAUUUCUCUGCACUAGAUGUGGGUAAUAGCGCUUGCCAUUUUCCUAUAGGAAAGACAUUUUUAAAUAGUUACUCUAGGAACUUUAGUCAUCUGGAAGAGGACAUUGUGCCUCUGGAGAAAGGACUUGGAGAGAAACCAAGUAUGUACAGUCUGGUUGAGGAUAGUGACUCUGAGAGUGAUUCUGCCACUGACAGCGCUAUCAAAGUAGAGAAGUCUCAACGUGACUGUGAGGAACCUCAGGACACUGACUCAGAUGAGGAAGAGGUUGAACACUGCUUCAACAUUGCAGUCAGUCAGCCUGCAUUCAGCCAAUCAGAGGGUUGCUGUCUUCCACAGAGAGACAGCAUUACUUAUAGUCAAACUGUUGACCAGACACUUGCUAGCACUGAUCUCCACAACCCUCCAUCACUAUCCGUACCAGACAAGGAUUUACAAGAGAACAAUCAUUCCGUUUCACCUGUGUUACAGGGCCCGCUUUGCCCUCAGUUUUCAGGUGAUAACCUUUUGAAUGGGGACACCAGACACAGUCCCACACAACAAGAGGCUAUGUGUGAGAGAACUUCGCCAUGCACAGUGCCCUCAAACUGCAAUGCUGGUGAAAUAUGUGAAACUGUUUCAGAACCUGUCAAAACCUGCCAGUCACCGACAGGUGUCAGUUGUCCCCCUAUUACUCAGAGCAACCGCCAUGUCACCCUUAGGAGUCAAGAGAGGACUGCUAAGUUGCGCUCAGAUGCAACCCUGUCUACAGAAAAACACAACACUGCGGAAGUGCCACUGAAGUCAAAUGUGUCAGAGCCAAUGGCAUCAAAUUAUGCCAAUGGAAAAUCUAGUGUACAGGCCUCCACUACAUUCACUCCAAGAGACAAGGAGAAAGAGAAGGUUUAUCCCACACUUGACUCUAAAUCAUCACUUUCCCAAAACCAGAGUAAAUCCACCACUUACUGUAUCAGGUCUUUGGGCACUAAAUCCCCCAAUGACAGCCCUGUCUCACCCCUGCUGAGUGGUAGACUCAAACUUAAUGAUAAAAAACCAAGCACUACUUCUAAACUCAAGGGAUUGAGUAUUAAGAGUAAAUGCAAAGAGCAAGAACAGUCUGUCUCCAGAUCGCCCAGGGCAGAAAGUCCAGUACUGAAAAAAGCUCUCAGCUCCCCAAGUCAGUCUCCUAAACUCCAUGCUAGAAGAACUACACCGACUGGUAGCCCAAAAUCAAGCAGAAUGUCUGAUAAGACUAGGGUUUCUUCUUGCAAGACUGACCAAAUUCAAUCAAUUGUGUCCAGUGCCUUGAAGGCAAAUCUCACCAACUUCGCCAAAGAAGAACUCAAAUCUGCAAGAGAGGAACAGGUCUUGGAUCAAAAGAAGCAAGUCUCUAAGUCUGACAUCACCGUGGCCACCACACAAAGAACUUUCAUCAAGGUACGACUUUCAUCCUCUUCAAUCCCAUCUUCUUCAACGUCCACACCUAUCCUGACACGCAAGGAAGUUGUGAAUACAAGCCAUUUAAAUUUGGUCUCAGUGUCAGACAAUAAAGUCGAGUUGGAGGAAUCUAAUUUGGAACCGUCUCUAGGAGCACAUACAAUCUCAUUAGAAUCAAUCAGCUCUUUAUCUAGUCCUCUGCAACAUAAUGGUACUGUUAGUACAAAUGAAACUGUUGAGAAAAUGUACUGCAAUGGCCAGGAAGAAAGCCCCAGAGGGAGCUCAAAUAAUAAGGAUGCGGUUUCUAGUCUCAAGUCAAGCAAAUCCAAACUGUACCUAAGAGCACCUGACCACAGAAGCUACUCUAUCGAUCCCAGUGGGUCUUCUGACCCAAACCCUUUCUCAGUUCGACAACGAAUCCAGUCCUUUGAGAACCUGGCCAGCUUCGAUGGCUCUGUGGUUAGGUGUUUAGACAUUCCUUCUUAUGCUAUAAAGUCCAAACCACCUCUCAAUCGGAGGCUGUCUGAGUACACUGACUCUGUUAGCAGUCAGUCCAGUGACAGUCGUUCUUUGAGGAGGAGUCUCAGCUCUUGUGUGGACAAUUUGAGUUCAGCUCCAUCUCCAUUGCAUCAACUGCAGAAUUCUUCCUCCAGUGCAGUUAUCACCAACACUGAGGUGGCUCCUUCAAAUGGAACAACAGAGCCAGUUAUGAAGGAGAAAGCAAAUAAUGAAGCCUCUCAGAACCAGCCCACUAUUCACACACCACCAGUGCUGCGAUACCGCAAUGCGCGUGCAAAUGGAGGCCUGUCACGCUCCAAACUGAGAGAGAUUAGGGCGCUAAGCAUGCCUGAUCUGGACAAGCUGUGCACUGAGGAUUUUUCCAGUGACUCUGGCAAUGUGAUCUUUAAGACCGAACUGGAAAUCCAUCCUCGCAGUUCCACAGACCCAGCAUCACACAACCCGCAGUACAAUGUGGUUACCAGGGUGAGCAGCGUUAACACUGGGGCACCUGGUACCACCAGCAAUGUGGAGCAACAUGAAGGUCAGGCCACAGGACUUUCAUGCUGGUCUAUAAGUUUGAAAGAUCUUGAAUCUUCUCCCUUGGACCAAAAUAAGGUAAAAGAUGUGCUGUGUUCCCUCACAACUAAAGUGGAUGUGAUGGCUCUCAUGCAGGAGACAGAAUCUCUCUCAGAGGUUAAAGAGGACAUUUACUUUGUCAUCUUAACGAAAGAGCAGGGAUCUGGUCUGGGUUUCAGCAUCGCUGGAGGGGUAGACCUGGAGCAGAAAUCUGUUACGGUUCAUCGGGUGUUCACUCGUGGGGUGGCAGGAGUUGAAGGUACCAUUCACAGAGGAGAUAGGGUUUUGUCAAUAAAUGGGACCAGCAUGAGUGGGAUCACACACGGAGAGGCGCUGUCCUGCCUUCAUCAGACCAGGCUGCCAAGACAGGCAUUAGUGGUGAUCCAGAAGGGCAAGGAUACCGAGCCAACAUCACCAAGACCAGAACUUCCCCUUCAGGCUAGACAUUUCCCUUCACCUGUCCUUAAAGGCAGCUUCAGGGAGAAUAAAGCAAGUGUGGAGGUGGGACCGGAUGGGGCUUUGAGUGUGGAAUUACAGAAGACUACAGCUGGUCUAGGCUUCAGUCUAGAUGGAGGCAAAGCAUCUGCACAUGGAGAUCGAUCACUCUACAUCAAACGCAUUUUCCGAGGAGGAGCUGCUGAGCUGUCCAGGGUUAUUGAUGUUGGAGAUGAACUUCUAGCCAUCAACGGCAGGUCUUUGCAAGGCCUUAUGCACUAUGAUGCUUGGAACAUCAUUAAAACGGUCUCUGAGGGCCCCGUCCAGUUAGUCAUCAAAAAACCCAGGACUUCUGUAUGACGUCUGAUCUACCUGCACAUAUUACACAGAUGUGAUGAAGGUGCCAAACUGUGGUGGUCUUAUUGUACAUAUUCCGACUUUGCAUUGUUUUUUUAUAUGUGUUUAUAACAGGAUCUCUGUGAUAAAGAAUUUGUUGCACAUUGAUUUUUUAUACAAACGAGGCUUCUGCAAUAUUGCGGUGGUCUCACAUACAAUAUGUGAGGUUAUGGUAUAUUUUUUUGUGUGUCCUGACUUUGAACUUUGUAUCACACAAAAUUUUGAACUGUGUCAUUUAUUACUUUUAGAAGACAUUUAAAACAUACUUGUAAGAAUUAUGAGUGAUAUGUUUAUAACUGCAUCCCUUGUAUAAUUUAACUUAAUUUCAAUAUUGUGAAAUUGUUGUACUGUAUAUAUAGUAUCUGCAAUGGUUCUACAGCUAUAAUUAUGGUGAUAAAUCAAACCACUUAAGAGUCACUCUGCCUAAUCUGAUGGAUUAGUUAUUUUGAUCAACAUACAGUAGAUAUCAAAGUGAAGUUAUGUUUGAACAGGUUUAUAACUUUAAAUGGAAUUGUAGAGUUGAUCUUUCCUCUGUUAUCAUUGAAAUGUACCUGAAUUUUCAUUGUUCCUUUUGAAAAUUCAAUGCUCCUUUUGGUUUUAAUUCAUUCUUUAUUUUAUCUUCAAGGUAAAUUCUCCACUAGCGAGAUUAAGCGUAUUUACAAAAUCAUGAUUGUUUCUGAAAGGUUUCCCAAACACUCCUUAUUGCUACUCUUUUCACAGCCUGCGAUGACAUGUAUCCACACCCAAAAUUUCCACAAAAAUUAUAUUUGCUUUGGUCUCCCAUUCACUGUUAUAGAAGUUUACCCGACUAUAGUUGCACAUGUUCCAUAUCUGGAAAGUGUCCAUUUUUCAAUAAACAGGCACUGUAGUCCAGCCCAAAACUCACCAUUGGUUGAGCCAGAAGCUGACAAAUAAAUAGAUCAAUGUUUUGACAGUGCCACACUUACUACAGCUUAAAAUACUUGAAUUCAAUCUGAUUAUUAACAUUUGAAAUAUACAGUUAUAAAAUGAGCAUUGUCUAGGGUGACUGUCAAAACAUUAAUCUGUUUGUUUGUCAGCUUCUGGCUCAACCAAUGGUGAGUUUUGGGCAGGACUACAGUGCCUGUUUAUGGACCCUUUCCAGAUACAGAACACUUGCAACUAUAGUGGGGUAAACUUCUAUAGCAGUGAAUGGGAGACCAGAGCAAAUAUUAUUUUUGUGGAAAUUUUUGGUGUGGAAACGCAUUGUUUAAUUAGACUGAAAUAAUAUUGACUUUUAAAGUAUUGACAUUUUAACAAGGUCCUUCAGGUCUGUUUGAUAUUUUUUCAGCUGUGAAUAUUUGUCAUGUUUACUCGCAUCUAAAAAAUUAAGAAAGUCAAUACCCUGAGUAUUCAGUGCUGUUUCUUUAUUGUACUUGAAUUGUCUUAUGUAAAUAUUGCAGAUCCCACUGAUAUUACUGUAAUUUAUUUGAACUAAGCAUUAAAGGGUUAGUUCACCCAAAAAUGAAAAUUCUCUCAUUUACCCACCCUCAUGCCAUCCCAGAUGCGUAUGACUUUUUAUUCAUCUUCUGAACUCAAAUGAAGAUUUUUAGAAGAAUAUCUCUGCUCUGUAGGUCCAUACAAUGCAAGUGAAUGGGUACCAACAUUUUGAAGCUCCAAAAUUCACAUAAGGGCAACAUAAAAGUACUCCAGACGACCCUGGUGGUUAAAUCCAUAUCUUCUGAAGCGUUACGAUAAGUGUGUGUGAGAAAAAGAUACAUAUUUAAGUCUUUUUUCCUUCACUUUCUCUUUCUCCUGUUUUUGGUAAUUCACAGCCUUCAUGCAUAUUGCCCCCUACUGGGCUGGGAGGAGAAUAUAUGACAAAAAUGACUCAAGUAUUGACCUGUUUCUCACCCACACCUAUCAUAUCGUGUCUGAACAUAUGGAUUUAACCACUGCUCUCUUUAUGUGGAUUUUGGAGCUUCAAAUAUUUGGCACCCAUUUACUUGCAUUGUAUGGGCCUACAGAGCUGAUAUAUUCUUCUAAAAAUCUGCAGAAAUCUGCAGAAGAUAGGAAGUCAUACACAUCUGGGAUGCCAGGAGGGUGAGUAAAUUAUGAGAGAACUUUCAUUUUGAGUGAACUAUCCCUUUAAGCAAAAGUGUGAUGUACAUGAAACGAUCAUAAUUAUUUCUAUUGUCUAUCAGAAUUUUUGUUCUGCUCUUGUGAAUAAAGAAUAUUUUGUACA